CGCCAAGCUCACCAACGCCAGCGCCUUCCGCAGCGCUUUCCAGCCGCGCCUGGCGGACGUAAUGCGUGCGUGCCACGCGGCGUGGCAGGCGCUGGCCUCGCGGCUGCAGCGCGAGGGGUUCCGCGCGCGCGUCACGCGCGUGCUUCAGGCGUGGGCCGACUGGGCCGUGUACCCCACCGACUUCCUGCUGCACAUCAACGACGUCUUCCUCGGACAGGAGAAGGAGAUAGCCGCCUCGGCCGGCGCCGCGGGAGAGGCGGCGGCGUCGCCGGCGCGAUCGUCUUCAUCCGAGGAGUGGGAGGGCGGCGGCGGCGCCGGGCCGCUGGAUGGCGCCGCGCUCCGCCGGUUGGCUGCCGGCCGGCGCCUGCCCGCCGCGCCCGCGCCGCGCCCAGCUGACCCAGACAUCGACGGCGUGCCAGUCGGUGGUUUUGUCGUCGCUUCGGCGACGGACUGCCUGGGCUUCUACCUGGCACCACUGUCCCGCCCUCGGCGCGGUACCAGCCCACCGGGUGAGUCGACGUUGGUCGAGGCCCAGUGA